CCGGGCCGCGCUUCCUCUCGCCAGGCCUGCGAGCUUCCUCCCAGCGGAGCCCGGGGCGAGCCGAGUUUGGGCGCAGCGGCUAAGACCGUCGCCGCCCUACCGCUCCCGCCCCACCCCGCGCCCUGCCCCGGGGGUCCUGCCGGGGUGGAGCCCGAGCGGGGCGACCGCCCGGCCACAACACCGUCGGGGCCGUCCCCUGGUCAGCUCUCCCUCCCGCCCUAGCUAUCCUGUGGCCGCCGGAGCCUCCGGGGCGUGGAGCGCGGGGAGCCCCCGCGGUCCCGGAUCGAGCGUCUGGGGCGGCCCGGGGCAGCGGGCGCGACGUUCCAAAAUCGAACCGUGGCGGCAGCGUUCGGAAGCGGAACUCUGCCGGGGCCGCGCCGGCUACAUUGUUUCCUCCCCCCGACUCCCUCCCGCCCCCCUUCCCCCGCCUUUCUUCCCUCCCCGAUCCGGGCCGCGCGGCCAUCCCCCUGCUUCGAUCUGGCCGUCCCUCCUCCCCUUCUUUCCGCACCCAUACCUCUUUGUACCGCACCCCCCGGGGGCUCCCGCGCCCCUCCCCUCCCCCCUGGCCGCAUGGACCGCCCCGCAGGCCGCUGAUGCCUCCCGCGGCGAGGUGGCUCGGACCGCAACGCCCAGAGAGAGCUCUAAUGGUACCAAAGUGACAGGUCAGCCUUCCUGUGACACAGGGACACAGAUCUCCUGAGAAGAUGUCAGCAAUACAGGCCGCCUGGCCAUCCGGUACAGAAUGUAUUGCCAAGUACAACUUCCACGGCACUGCCGAGCAAGAUCUUCCUUUCUGCAAAGGAGACGUGCUCACCAUUGUGGCCGUCACCAAGGACCCUAACUGGUACAAAGCCAAGAACAAGGUGGGCCGUGAGGGCAUUAUCCCAGCCAACUACGUCCAGAAGCGGGAGGGUGUAAAGGCCGGCACCAAACUCAGCCUCAUGCCCUGGUUCCAUGGCAAGAUCACAAGGGAACAAGCAGAACGGCUCCUAUAUCCACCGGAGACAGGCCUGUUCCUGGUGCGGGAGAGCACCAACUACCCCGGGGACUACACACUGUGCGUGAGCUGCGAGGGCAAGGUGGAGCACUACCGUAUCAUGUACCACGCCAGCAAGCUCAGCAUCGACGAGGAGGUGUACUUUGAGAACCUCAUGCAGCUGGUGGAGCACUACACCUCAGAUGCAGAUGGGCUCUGCACUCGACUCAUCAAACCAAAGGUCAUGGAGGGCACAGUGGCGGCCCAGGACGAGUUCUUCCGAAGUGGCUGGGCACUGAGCAUGAAGGACCUGAAGCUGCUGCAGACCAUUGGGAAAGGCGAGUUUGGAGAUGUGAUGCUGGGAGAUUACCGAGGGAACAAAGUAGCUGUCAAGUGCAUUAAGAAUGACGCCACUGCUCAGGCCUUCCUGGCUGAAGCCUCAGUCAUGACGCAACUUCGGCAUAGCAACCUGGUACAGCUCCUGGGCGUGAUUGUGGAGGAGAAGGGCGGGCUCUACAUCGUCACUGAGUACAUGGCCAAGGGGAGCCUAGUAGACUAUCUGCGGUCGCGGGGACGGUCGGUGCUGGGCGGAGACUGUCUCCUCAAGUUCUCACUAGACGUCUGUGAGGCCAUGGAAUACCUAGAGGGCAACAACUUUGUGCACCGGGAUUUGGCUGCCCGCAAUGUGCUGGUGUCUGAGGACAACGUGGCCAAAGUCAGUGACUUUGGCCUCACCAAGGAGGCCUCCAGCACCCAGGAUACAGGCAAGCUGCCGGUCAAAUGGACAGCCCCUGAGGCCCUGAGAGAGAAGAAGUUCUCCACCAAGUCAGAUGUGUGGAGUUUUGGAAUCCUUCUCUGGGAAAUCUACUCCUUUGGGCGAGUGCCUUAUCCAAGAAUUCCCCUGAAGGACGUUGUCCCUCGGGUGGAGAAGGGCUACAAAAUGGACGCCCCUGACGGUUGUCCACCUGCUGUCUAUGAAGUCAUGAAGAACUGUUGGCACCUGGAUGCUGCCACACGGCCCUCCUUCCUGCAGCUCCGUGAACAGCUUGAGCACAUCAAAACCCACGAGCUGCACCUGUGACCAUCUGCCUCCACCCAGGUCAUGGGCCUGUGGGGACUGGACCUGGAGAGACUGUGGUCUUGGUGCCCCCGUUCACUGGGCCCAAACCUGAGCUGAGCCCCAGCAGGCCGGGGGCCUCCUUCCUCUGCUCCAGCCUGCACCCCCACUGGCCCCCCCAGGGAUCCCACCUGGCCUGUCACCUUCUCAUGGACCCAGCUGUGGGUCAUGGACCCACUAUAAAGAGGCCAAGAAGGCAGGAAGCUGAGGAGCGGGAGACAGAUGCCCCCUACCACGGCCAGGCUUUCCCUGGCCUCCCAUCUCUCGCCUUCUUAAGAGUUUUAUUCCUUUCCUUUUUUGAGAUUUUUUUCCGUGUGUUUAUUUUUUAUUAUUUUUCAAGAUAAGGAGAAAGAAAGUACCCAGCAAAUGGGCAUUUUACAAGAAGUACGAAUCUUAUUUUUCCUGUCUUGCCCAUGAGGGUGGGGGACACCGGGCCCCUGUCUAGGGACCAGCGUCCCACCCUUGUUCCCAUCCCAUGUUGCGUGUCCCGUGUUGCCUCGGUCGCCCGUGUUUGCGCUUGACCAUGUUGCACUGUUUGCAUGCGCCCGAGGCAGACGUCUGUCAGGGGCUUGGAUUUCGUGUACCGCUGCCGCCACCCACCUGCCUUGUGAGAUGGAAUUGUAAUAAACCACUCCAUGAGGACACCGCUGCCCAGCCUUGGCGCUUCCUCCGCCGAG